AUGUGGCGCUUCUCCCGCUCCGCCCUCCGCGCCGCCGCCGCGGCCGGCGCCCCUGCCCCGGCCGCCGCGUCGCGGGCCGCCAUCGCGUGCCGCCUGCCCCCGCCGUGCGCCGCGCUCCAGCGGCUCCGCUUCGCGUCGCUGCCGGCGGCGGAGGCGAGGGACGCGGAGUCCGAGGUGACGGCGGAGGAGGCCAGGCGGCUCAUGCGGCUCGCCAACGUCGAGGCCCUCAAGCGCCGGCUCGGGGACGGCGAGGUCAUCCCGUACGCCGACCUGCUGCGCGCCUGCGAGGAGGCCGGCGCCGCGCGCACCCGCGCCGAGGCCACCGCGCUCGCCGGCGCGCUCGACCACGCCGGCGUCGUCCUCCUCUUCCGCGACAAGGUCUACCUACAGCCGGACAAGAUUGUGGAUCUGGUAAGAAAAGCUAUGCCCCUUGCACUGGCACCUGAGGAUGAUCCCAGAAAGGAAGAGCUGAAGCAGCUGCAGACACAGUUGGAAGAUAUCAACAAGCUCGCACACAAGCAAGUCCGCCGCAUCCUCUGGUCUGGGCUAGGGUUCUUGAUCACACAGAUGGGGCUCUUCUUCAGGCUCACCUUCUGGGAGUUCUCGUGGGACGUCAUGGAGCCCAUCACAUUCUUCACAACUACGACAGGCCUGGUCGUCGGUUACGCCUACUUCCUCAUCACCUCGAGGGAUCCAACAUACCGAGACUUCAUGGAGAGGCUGUUCCAGUCGCGGCAGAGGAAGCUGAUUCAGAGGAAGAACUUCAACCUGGACAGGUACCUGGAGCUCCAGCGGUGCUGCAAGGAUCCUUUGGAGAAGAUGUGCGGCACAAGCCACUUCUCCAACGCCGACAUCGCUCAUCUCCACGAGCUGUCACCCGUUCACAAAUGACAGCUCCCCUUCGCUCUAAACACUAAUCUACAGUGCUCAUUGGUUCUCUUGGGGGUAAUGAUCAAGGAAGUGGUGACUAAGGUGAUGUUUUUUGUUUUGUUUGCAAUUGCGAGGUAGACCUUUGGCA